AGCUGACCCGGUCACCUAGCUCUUUUAAAUCUUGUCAUGAAAUUAAAUGCUUUUUUUUUUGACAAAUUAAGGAAUUUCAAGUAAUAAAUUAAGCCAGCAGAAAGCUGUAUACAACACCCUUCACAUACAGGUACCUCCUUCAUGUAGUGCUGUACACAUUUUGUACCAAACCUCUGAAAGGGGAACUGAUAGAGCUGGGGACCUUGUUUCAGCGGGACCUAAAUUAUCGUGACAACAGAUUGUUUACACCGGAAACUUCAGAAGAUUAGUUGAAGUCGCUAGAAAUAUAGUCUUGAUGCUAAGCAGAAAUGUUCCUCCUUCAUUUAGCUUAGUUUAAAUAUUUACUUCGCACUUGUGAAGAUUGUAUCUGAUUUAACCAGAGUAUUUAAUUAUUGUCCAUACCUGAUAUGUGUUGAUAUAGUAGCGUUUUAUGAUGUUAGUCGGUUACAGCAGCAGCUCGGAGGAGGAAAGUGAAGCAGCUACUGACAGAAACCCAAGUUUCUCCCGAAAGUGUAAAGAGGAAGAUGAUGGUGACGAUGGUUGCCCAGCGAGGAAGAAAGCGAAAAUGAAGGAACAGGUUCCUAAAACAAGCAGGUUGCCUCUCCCUGGUGAUUUGUUGGCCAUGUUUCCAGAGGAGGUUGAUCCACAGACUGAUGACAGCUCUCUUCAUGGUGGACGCAUCCGCUCCUUCAAACAUGAGAGAGGAAACUGGGCCACAUAUGUUUAUUUGCCGUACAAUCCUGAGGAGGAGUUUUCGGAGUUGCUGGAGGAGCUGCUGUCGGCUGCAGGGGCUCACGGUGUGGUUUUGAAUCAGCAGGAAGAGUUCCAUCUCAGCCUGUCUCAGACGGUGGUGCUGAGACACCACUGGAUCCAGCCCUUUACACAGAGCCUCAGGGCAAGCCUGGCACACUGUAAAAGGUUUCUGUGCUCAGCGGGGAGACUGAAGGUCUAUUGUAAUGCUGAGAGGACAAGGACGUUCCUGGGAAUGGAAGUGUUAACAGGGCAUGCUCAGUUGUUGGACCUGGCGCGAGUGGUGGACAGAACAAUGACAGAAUUCCGCCUGGACACUUUCUAUAAGGAUCCGUCUUUCCACGUGAGUCUGGCCUGGUGCGUUGGGGACUUCACAGUGCAGAUGAAGGAGUGCAUUCAGGAGCUGCAGAGUCUGGUUGAUGACCAUGAAGACGGAGCAUUUGUGCUGAGGCUGGACUGUGCGGAGCUGCACUGCAGGACAGGAAACAAGACUUUCCGCUUGCCCUUGGAGUCUUAAAACCUGACUUGCAUACAGGAUGUGUUAUCCUGAACCCUGGACCUUUUAGGCUGUAAUACAGAGAGAGCAAACAGGAAUGCUCAUGGACAUCAACAAAUACUGUUAAGUUGCAUGAGAAUUUUAUGUCUGAAGGAAAUUGUGACAAACCAACCACAUGACUGAGACCUCUUGAGUCUUGUCGCAAAGCCAGGAGAAAGACUCACCAGGUUCAAUGUAACUGUUAUGAAUCUGCUGACUAUUUUCUUGACUAAUCAAUUAAUCUUUAUGCCUAUAAAAUGUCAAAAAUGUGAAAUAUGCUCAUUCCAGUAUCCCUUCAAUAUCUUCUUUUGUCUGACCAACAGUUGACAAAAGAUAUUUAGUUUACAGUGAUAUAAAAACAGACAAAGACAAUCAAGACUCAAUGGCCACAUUAAUAAAAGAAAUGUACUAUUUUCAUUUGUAAAUAAAGUUUCUACUAUUUUUA